GUCAGUUUGGUUUUGAAAUUUUAAAAGAGAUCGUCGAACGAAACCAAAACGAAUAUUUCAACUUUUAUUUAAAAUUGUUUUUUACGUUCAUACUUAUAUGCGUUAAUAGUUGUAUAAUAAAAAUAGAAGUGUUGAAAAGAUGCCUUCAUUGUAUACGUUUUCGCGGAGUGAUAGUGAGAUCCUUCAGGAGCUGCUACGGGUAUUCAGCUCUGGAAGAGGAACCGCUCGUGAGCAAUGGACCCUGCAAGCUGAGGUAUUGGUAGAACCAGUCGGGUGGGAUGCGUUAUGGAAACUGUCCAAAGAUUUUUGCAAGAAGUUUGAAGUGAGAUUCCCCUGCAUUGCCUGCGUAACCGUCACUUCGGUUGACUUUGAAGCUCUAUCAGCCUGUGUUGAGGUCCUGAGUGUUCAGCACGAAGCAGUGUCCCUUCCAGAGACGGUUGAAGAUGUUCCGCUUAUUGAACUGUGGCCAACUACUAAACAGCGGGAGCAGUGUAUAAAUGCUGCUACAACAGCAGAGUUUAUAGAUCUGUUGAGGUUUUAUUAUGACGAAAUAUGGAUGCCGUGGGAUGACCAAGACGAAAAGGUGCUCCUUCCGAACACCAUAGAGGACCGCAUGAAGCUCUGGUCGGAGCUCCACAACGGCAGCAUACCACACUGUGUAGCGAGAUCAAUAACCUUACUGAGGAGUAGUGCUAUACAUGCUCAUGAGAAACUGAAGGAGCUGGACUCCUCACUGUGUGAGAUGAAUAUUGCUGAUGAAGAUGAUUCACUCUUACCUCCAAAUUACAUAUCACUCUGUGCGGAAAUGAAUGCGCGGUUAGAUGGAAUCAUGUCUAAGUGGACCCUUUAUGAGAACCCACUUAUCAGGGAACAAUAUCUAGCGAAAACCAGGAAUAAAUAUCAGAAGAAUAAAAGCAAAAGACAUGUAGUAGCACUCUGGCAAGGCGGCUCGCCAUCAGAAUACAAGCAGAUCUCAAAUUUCCUCCUGUCCCGUCUUACCAAUGAACACACCCUGACCAUGAUGACGUCAGCUGAUGAUGCCCUCGCCCUGGAGCCAGAAGAUGUUGUUGUGUGCAGCGACAACUAUGAGAUUCCCGAGAUGCCGCUAUCACAAGUGUCCAUAUGCAGUUUUAAUGGUUCAACCCUAAAGGCAACAGAUAUGAGAUCAUGCCUUCUAAUGCUCAGCGAAGAAUGCCGACUGCAAGACCUAACCCUUCACUGCUCGCAAGUAAAUACUAUAGUGGUCAUGCGAAGUGGAAACUUACAUAUUAGCAAGUGUUCAUUUUUGGAUGAUUCCGAAAGCUCUCAGAGUGAUUUUGCCCAGGGUAUAGUGGCAAUGGCCGGCGCCAAGAUAUCGAUUGAAGAUUGUACAUUUGAAAACUUUUACUCUGGCAUAGUGGUGCAUAAAGGAGCCCAGGUGGAGUUAAGGAACUGCAUAAUAAAACGGUGUGGCGUUGGUGUCCAAAUGUACUCCGGUUCUCGAGUCACACUGAACGGCACUAACAUAUCGGGAUGUUCGGAGCAGAGCAUUAGAUGCGAAGUGGACAGAGAGCAUAGUGGGAAACGUGGAGAGAUGGAUGGACUACAAGUGAUGGGCAACUGCGUCAUUGGAUCCGGUAAUAUGAAAAAGGAGAUUCUCAUAGUUCAACAAGACGAAAUUUAGCGAACACAAUAUAUUCGGGUAGUUAGUAUUACUAGUUAGUUUUGUAUCCAAAGUAAAUGCAAGUGUUUUUUUUUAUGGAAUUUGAGCAGUAUAAACUUAAUUCCUGUUCGAUCCGCGAAGGUUAUGUUAGGAUGGUUUUGGUGAUUAUAUAUAAAGAUUUGUUGCCAACAAUAAAGCAUAAAAAAUAAUGUUAUAAAAUUAAGACUUUAAAUUGUUAUUUCUUAAUUAUUUAUUUAAUUUUAUCGCUAUUUGAAUUUCAAUUCUAUCAUUAAGCUAUUCAGUUUUGCGUGACUUUUCAGUCUUGUCGAAAUCUUUGGCUCUUGUCUUCCCCGUAAGGGAUAAAGACGUGAUUAUACUUAUGUAUCUCCAAUGGCAACACGCCGCCAAUUUUCUUUCUUGCUCGUUUGAAACAUUCCGCAGCCAAAACGGUGUUGUCAUUUAUUAUCUAUAUAUUUUUUUUUUAAAUUUAAUAUCUUUAUUCAAUUUGUGAGUGUUUUUGUUUUUUUUUUUUAUUAUUAGAUAUUUAAGUAGUUCUAUUCCCUUUUUGGAUCGGACAGGUUUUCUUUUACAUAUUCUAUAGUAUGCAGUAUAAGCGUCUGUGGCUCAGUUGUCGUCCCCGCGUCAUAUAAUUCUGAGUUUAAAUGUCGUGAGAUAAAAACGGAUCGAUGAUUUUAUUAUGAUUGGCCUGGUGCAUAUAUGUAUUAAUAUUAAUUAUAAAAUAUAAUUGAAUAAGUACUCAAGGGAACUGGUAAAUUAUAAGUGACUUAGGGCGUAGUUCAAUAUAAUUAUGCGAUUUAUAAUUAUUUAAAUGAAAUAAACCAAAUAAUAUGAGUCUCAUAUUCUCAUUUUGGACGUCCAUAUAUACAUUGGCUAGGUCUUCCCUUAAUAUGGGUUUAAAUAAAUUGCGGUCUGGAUAUUAGGGUUAUUAAAAUUAUUAAAUACUAUGACACGCACCGCUAUUAUAGUAGGUACGUAAUUAUUGCAAAAGUACCUAUGAUAUUAACAAAAAUUCUAUUUAAGUAUGUGAAAUCGGCGUUUUUAUGAACUACCGUUUUUUACAAGUAAAUGCAGUAGUGGGGCGUGUCGUUUUAGCGUAGACGAGUUCUUCCAUGUUUCAUAUUUGUUACAAGAUGCAUGUAUUUCUAACACGUUGUAUUUUUAAUAAAAAAUAGUAUUAUGAAAUUAAUGGUACCUAUCCAUCACAAAGCAUCACUAAAUGUCAGCUUUAAAUAGUUAUGUUUAAAGGUAUAAGUGCCUUUUUUGUUGUUUUAUCAUAAGCUUUAAGAUUCAAAACUAAU